UUCGUCAACUCUAGUAGCUCGGGUGGUCUGGUGCUACUGAUGUUAGCGGGAUAUUAUUAAGCACAUGUUGAUUUACUGUAACGCUACCGUUUAAAUUAAGGGAAUUCAGAAAUUAACCCUAAACCUAAUCGAAUUACAUAAACAUAUAUAUCCUCUGAUUUUGUUUGUAAGGGGUAGCGUUAGAAAGAUGCCGUUUGUAGUAGCAGCUAGCUAGCUUGAACUUCAACAACAAACCUACCUAGGUUGGCUAGCUAGGUUAGCUAGCUAGCUGCUAAUCAGCAGCUGAGUGGCGGGGAUGUGGCUUCGUAAUGGGAAACGUUUUCGGAAGAAAGGGACGCCCCAGUCGAGUCACCGAUCAAGACCGAGCGGUUUUGCAACUGAAACAGCAAAGGGAUAAGCUGAAGCAGUAUCAGAAGAGGAUUACUCUUCAGCUGGAGAAAGAGAGAUCUCUAGCCAAGCAGCUCCUGAAGGAUGGAAAGAAAGAGAGGGCCCUUCUUUUGCUCAAAAAGAAGCGUUAUCAGGACCAGUUACUGGACAAGACUGAGAAUCAGAUAGGCAAUCUGGAGCGCAUGGUGCAAGACAUUGAAUUUGCUCAGAUUGAAAUGAAAGUCAUUGAGGGACUGAAGACUGGAAAUGAAUGCCUCAAGAAGAUGCAUGAGGUCAUGUCCAUUGAAGACGUGGAGAGAAUUCUCGAUGAGGCCCAAGAGGGAAUAGAGUAUCAGAAGCAAAUCGACGAGCUGUUGGCGGGCUCCCUGACGCAGGAGGACGAGGACGCUGUGCUACAGGAGCUGGAGGCCAUUACUCAGGGAGAAGAUGUUGAGCUUCCAGAAGUACCCGCAGAACCCUUGCCAGAGGUCCCUGCACAGCCAGAGCCAGCAGAGAGAACGCCAUCACGAAGCCCCGCUGACAGAGAGAUGCUGGCUGCUUAGGUGAUCAAGGUGCCAUCCUCUGUGCCGCUCUCAUCAACACGGACCAAUUCCCCUUGACACUUUACCCAGUCACAAAAGUAGUCGGUAAUGUCGAGAAGAUCAAGGCAGGCACGUCUGCAUAUGAUUGGCAGCAUUCAGGUUAUCGCACGUACAGAUGUCGGCAGCGGCUUUUGUAUCCGCGCAUUCAUAUGCAUAGGACAAAUGAUUACGACUUCUAAAUCCUCCUUUUUGCUGUGUCACCCUCCUUGCCAUUCAGUAGUACUGUCAGUUCAUUGCAUUUCACAUUAAGGGGUGUUUAGAUUUGCCAGUGCAGUGUUUGAUAAAGGAACUGUGCAGUAUUAUAAGUCGAUGAAGCGCAGCAAGCAAGUUGUUUUUUGGUCUGAGCUAAUGACUCAUGAGUCAUUGUAUAAUGAGUUUUUAAUCUUUUGUUUAUGUGAAGGUUUUAUCCUCAUGUAAUAUAUAGGUGAAAUCAUGAUUGUGACAUAACUCCCCAAUACAAGGUCAUCAAAGGUCAUCAAACAUUAUCAGCAACAUGUUAACCUUUUUCAUGUAAAUGACGUCACUAGCAUGUUUUGUUAACACGAUGAAAUCUACUCUUGAAUCUCCUUAUUAACUUAAUUGAAAGAACAGAGGACUGAAGUGGCAGAAUAAUUGCAUCAGAUGAGUGUAAUAGUUCCUUUGCUUUACAGUUGCGUUUUUGUAAAAUAAAGUCAUUACUUUCUAACAA